AUGUCUCUCAACAACGACGACAAGGAGUAUGCUGGACCUCAGACGACAGUCUCACCUGCCUAUGAAGGUCUGACAGAUGAGGAACUAGCUACAACCCAUGAGGGCGACCACGGGACGCGUCGGGAUCUGCCCCCUCGUGUGGUAUCCAUGAUAGCUAUCGCUGGGACUAUCGGGACUGGCUUAUUCUUGGGCUCCGGCUCCGCUCUUGCGCUUGGUGGUCCAGUCGGCGCAUGGCUCGGCUACACGAUCAUGGGCGCGCUUGUUGGUUGUAUGAUGUACUGUCUCGGAGAAAUGACCUGCUUUGCGCCAAACAUCGGCGGCUUCGUCGAAAUGGGCACCAAAUACGUCUCGCCGCAUUUCGGCUUCAUGAUGGGCAUCAACUACAUACUCCAAACCGGCAUGGCGAUCCCCUCAGAGCUAUCGGCUAUCGCAGUCAUGCUGAGCUUCUGGGACGAAAACGCCACUCACGCGGGCAUCUAUAUCGCUGUAUUCCUCGUGGUCGCCAUCGGAGUGAACGUCAUUGGCGUAAGAUACUACGGCGAGAUUGAGUUUUGGUUCGCCUGCCUAAAGGUUGCCACGCUAGUCGGCCUGAUCCUCUUUGGGCUGAUCGCCAACCUCGGCGGUAUCGGACCCAAGCACGAGUUCAUCGGUGGUCGAUACUGGCGAGAUGAGCCUUUCAACGAUACAUUCAAGGGGCUUCAGCCGGUCGCCAAAGCCCGCUUCCUGGGUUUCUGGGCUGUCUUCACAAAGGCGGCAUUCAGCUAUGGUGGUAUCGAGAGUAUCGGGAUCCUAGCGGGAGAGGCUCACAACCCUCGCCGGACGAUGAGAAUGGCAGUGAGGACCGUUUUCUACCGUAUCAUCGGUAUCUACAUGCUCGCGAUCCUCAUCAUCGGCCUUAACGUCAGCCAAAAGUCACCCGAGCUGCUCAGCGCCGUCGCAGGCGGAGGCAAGACCGCCGCGAGUUCGCCCUUUGUUGUCAUCUGCAAGCAGACAGGCGUCCAGGUCCUGCCUAGUAUCAUCAAUGCUGUGGUCAUGACGUCUGCCCUUUCCUCGGCGAACGAGAACAUCUACGCUGUCUCGCGGACGCUCAUGGCACUCGCAAGGAACGGCUCUAUGCCGCAGUGGUUCCUCAAGACCAACAAGGCCGGUAUCCCAUUCUCUGGCGUCAUCAUCGGGUUCUGCUUUGCGCUACUCGCCUUCCUCAGUCUAUCUGCGGGGUCCAACGUCGCCUUCUCCUGGCUUAGUAACCUCUCUGCUCUGUCCUCCCUGGUCGGGUGGACGUGUAUCUGCUAUUGUUACACCCGCUUCAAGAAGGCUUGUGAUGUCCAAGGUAUCGACCGGACUCGGCUCCCCUUGCGAUCAUGGUUCCAGCCGUACCUCGCCUGGGUGUGCAUCCUCUUCUUCUCCCUCGUUCUGAUCUUCAACGGCUUCACCGUCUUCCUCGGCGAGUUUGCCAUCUCCGACUUCUUUGCGGCCUACGUCACCCUUCCGCUCAUCCUCAUGUGCUUUAUCGGCUUCAAGCUCGUCAGGAAGACCAAGGGGGUCCACACGGACGAUAUUGACCUGGGUGGGGGGCCAGCGGAGGCGUUGAGGGGCACGCAGUACGACAGGCUUGAGUAUGCCGCGCCUGUGGGGCAUCAGUUGAGUAGCUCAGCGGGUGAGAAGGUUUAG